AUUUUUCUCGUGCGUUGUACACAUCUCGUUACUCGUGUUUCCUAUUUAUUUCACGAUUAAAAUACCUCUGCUGGGAAAAUGUCGAAAAUAAAGCACACAACCGAAAAAGCAUUGCAAUUGCUUCGAACCCUACCGCGCGUUUCCAUUGCGAACAUCAGGGAUAAUCCGAAUUCCAAGAAACCGCAAAAGCGCGGCCGCGCACAACACGGUGGUGACAAACACGGCGCCGGCAACAAGGGUUCCAACCAGCGACAAAACUACAUGCGACUGGGCUACGAAACGGGCAACUCGCCGUUCUAUCUGCGCUUCAGCUACGAACCGUACUACAAGGGUCACCAUCUGAAGCGCGAAUAUCCCCCGAUCAGUUUGCACCAGCUGCAGAAGAUGAUCGACACCAACCGGCUCGAUACUAGUCAACCGAUCGAUUUGACCACGAUUUGCAACACCGGAUUGUUUCAGGUUCGACCGGACCAGUUGCACCAUGGAGUACAGAUUACGGACGAGGGCGCCGAUGAGUUCCGUGCAAAGAUUAAUCUGGAGGUGCAACAUGCUCCGGAGUUGGUGAUAGCGGCGAUUGAGAGAGCUGGAGGAGUUAUCCGGACGGCCUAUUACGAUCCGCACAGUUUGUUUGCAGUGGUGAAUCCGAAGAAGUGGUUCGAGAAGGGUGUUCCUAUUCCGAGGAGGAUGUUACCACCGCAGGAUGCAGUGGAUUACUAUACAGAUGCGAAGAACCGAGGGUAUCUGGCGGAUCCGGAGGAGAUCAGUAGGGAGCGGUUGGUGCUGGCGCAGAAGUAUGGGUACGAGUUGCCGAAGAUCGAGGAGGAUCCGGAUUAUGAGAUGCUGGCACAGGCGAAGGACCCUCGGCAGAUUUUCUAUGGGUUGAAUCCGGGAUGGGUGGUCAGCUUGAAGGAUCGAGCGAUCAUUAAGGCGAAGGGAGGUGAGUAGUAGGGUUUGAAUUGUGUGGAAAUAGAGAUUGUGUGUUGUACUAGUU